UCAACAAGACGGGCAGUGUUAUUUGUGUUGAUCGGUUUGUGAAUUCACAAAGCAAGUUGAUAAAUUGUUCACUGACUAAAGGUCGUUGAUUGUGUUUCGUCUGGUUGGCGAUUACUACUAUGAUAAUUCACCAGAAUUGAUACUUGAAAGACGAAAUGAUUGAUGAUUGAAUAUCAACGAAUAGUUUUCAACAGAAACAAAUAUUUCAACUCAAACAAUGUUCCGAUCAAUUGUUGUUACGUGGUUGAAUACUCACAAUGGAUUAAAACGGUAUACUUAUGUCUAGAACCUCUUUUAACACUAUUCAGAAAAAUGGCGUCAAGUACAAAUUUAUGAAACAGAGAAAUAUGCUCAAACACACGGUUUUAAUCAGAUUCAAGAUGUGUUUUAUGACUUAUGACGGCGAUGGUGAUGAAGAUAGAAAUGACGGUGUUAUGAUUCUGUUGGUACACUGAAUCAGAUGUGAAUAUCUCAGAAUGUAAUUGUAAAAGUACAUUUGACAUAAUACAGAUUACUUACCUGUCUGUGUGGACGUAUGAAGAAUCAAAAGCAGAGCAGCUACGUGAAACCAAACUAAGCAAACCAUAUUCACUGAAACUACAGCAUUUAUUCUUCUGCUUAUAUACAAUCAUAGAAUGAAGGUGGAAUGAGAGGGGUGAGUAUUGUUUACCAUAGAAAACAUCAAACAACGUAAUUAAAAUUAGGAGACUAUGUAAAGUUCAAUAAAAGAGCUAAAAACAAAAAGUGGUACGUUGCAUAUCUAAAAUAUUUUUGUACAAACAUCAGUUAUGUACUUUGAAUAAGUUCUAUUGCACUGGGUCAAACUCACCUCAUGACUGUAAUUAGUGCUGUCUGCAGAGAGAGAAAGAGAGAGAAUAUGAAAUCAGGCGACUUUUAAAAACAACAAAAAAACUGAUAAUAUUUGUCUUUUACUAAUUACGAAGGAAUUUUAUCAAUACACUAUGCUUUUUAUUUCUAUGAUCGGACGAUUUCUAAAAUAAGUAUCCACGUAGAUAUGUAUCUGAAUAAUCUAUGUGUUUUACCUGACGGACGAUAAACGUUAUACGGUUAUUCGUUUCUUUUGUAACUAACUUGUCAACUCAUUUAUCAAUAUUCUUUACUACUUCCUCAUACUCACGUUUUUCACCUCGUGGAAUGCUUGUCUUCGCCCGAAUUCGUUUAUGCAUAUGGGAUGAAAGAGCCAGGUCGUCUGAGAAAUGUUAAUUGUUCAAUUGAGUUCAAGUUGUUCAUUGCAUUUCUGCUUUCUCUGACUUGCGGAGGUCUUUAUGAUCCAGUCAAUAUCUAGAAGAAAGAGGAAUUCCAAAUGUAGGCACGUGUGAGCUUUCCUGUGUUGUGACAUUUAACCCGGCUGAUCACCACAAGACUUAUUCGUCAAUCGGAAUGGCGAGCGUGCAAUUCUUAUUUGACACGGGAAUGGAAAUCAGGGUUAUGCUUCUUGUGAGCGAUGAAAUAUAUAUGUAUAUAUAUUUACACCCGGUUUGUAGUGGUAUGACUGGACGCCUACAUAGUCGGUCAAUGGCAUCUCCAACGACCGUCACUGUUAAUAACGAUUGGACAAAUAAGCUACCUUUAGUCAUGUUACGUCUAAGAAAAUCAAUAAAACAAGAUUUUGGGUGCUGUCCAGCUGCAUUCAUGUACGGAACUUCUUUGCUGCAGCAGCUAUACAGUAGCACUUGUAUGUUCAUCAGAAGAGGCUGCAUGCAACCACUAGUGCAGCAGAAUUGCGAUGAUUUGUUUAGAAAAAGAAUCCUUCACUGAACCAGGCUUGUAUUCCGUUUACUGAUUAUAUAACUAUCCAAGAUUUCCCUGAUUGAUUAUUAAAUUGUAUCGCUUCUGAGGUGUUUGUUGAUUUCAGAUUGACGUGAUUGUUUGGCUUCUAAUGAUUACACUCAUUCUCUCUAUCAUGAAUUUCAACAUUCUCUCAGUCUAAAAUAUGUUCACAGCUGUCCACAUGCACUGAUGUAGACAACUACAUAUGAUGGCGCCUAAUAUCUAGCUGAAGUUUGUGUGGACAAGGAUGAAGGUUGCGUCUACUUUGUCUGAUGUGGUGUUGGGACAGUUCAUUCAGCAAAGCUAGAAUUCUUCUCUAAUAUCCGUGAAUGUUCUAUUUUUCAGUUUUGAAAGUGCAACUAGUAUAUUUCUUUGUUAACUGAACUCUUUAAAUGAUACUAUCUCACAUUCAAUCUAAGGAAGGUUUGGAUCUAGCUUCUACUUAAACUAUAUGCUUGAAUAGUGUGAACACAAAUAUAUACGAGGGAAUUUGGAAGAAAGGAAAAUUUAAGAGAAUGUUUGCGGACGAUUUAGUGUGCGAAAAAGCUACACCCACAUUCAUAAUGAUGAAAGAGACCAAUACAAACGCCACAUCUAGACAAUAAGAAAACCAAAGCCAGAAGUUGAUAGAAAGGAUUUAACGCAAACCACUGAUCACUGAGUAGCAGCACAUAUCAUGUUUGUCAUGUCCAUCAGCACUGAUAGAAUUCUAAUCAUCAAGUUACAGUGUGGACACUGAUCGCAUCGACAGAAAUCUCUGGUUGACCUAGGUUUCAUGCCAGUUGGCGCCACUCAACAAGACAAACAAACAAUACUGACAAGAUUGGUGCUUCUUCUGAGACUCGAAGUCUCGUCAUAUAUCUUAAGUGUGAAAUGUUACCAUCAGGGUAUUCACGAAAUCUAUAACUAUUUGAUCAACAAUAUCAUUUCAGAAAUUACUUCCUUCACUUUUACACACAAUUUAUACACAGAAACUAGUCACUAAAAAUAAAUCCAAGUACUGCGUUACAUAUGCUUUCACUUUUACUUAACACCAUUCAACUUCGCCACUCUUCCUGCGAUUAUGGUGAGAAGACUAAUUUUUUAGGAGAAAAUACUUUCACAGUUUCACAUUGUUUCUUUCUCUCUUUCACCUACUUAUUUCACCUAUGAAACAAUUCUGCUCUAAAAUAUGUGAGUUUGUGUGCCAGAAAGAUGAUGAACACUGGAAGAACACGUUCUAACAAAUUCUAUCAGAAUAAUAAGAAUAAUGAAAAUAUCAAGGUUUUCAAUCAUUUGUCUCAAUAAUUUGUCUACACCUCAAUAUUAACUGACUCUUAUCGACCAACUUACUAUGUGACUAAUCACCAAAUUGUACAUUUUCUGCUUCUACGUGGAUAGAAUCAUUUUGAGGGAAGAUUGUAUUUCAUGUAAGCUGAGAUUCAUCAGAAAAUGCGUCUUACAUCUCCAGACUCUAUUUUUGAAUCUUUUUCGCGAUUGCCUCGAAGGCAGUUAGCAUUGAAAAAAGUGAAAAGAUGAAACAUGUUAGCACCUGAACUAAUAUGUAAACUACGAAAGUGUCUUUCUUAAUUCUUACUAGUAUAUCACUAUACCUUAAGGUUUACCCAGAACAUCGAAAAGAUCAUCUGAAUGCAUAAUGGUAAAACCAGGUUUUUUACCCACUGAGAAUGCAGUCUCAUCACUUCAUUUGAUUUACAUAGGUAAUCCUUCGUUUACUGGCUUCUUGAAGUUGAUACUUUGUUUUUUGGCGACCAACUGUAUAUGUUUAUCAAAAUAAUGUUUUAUAUUUGACUAACUUUGUAGUUACAAUUCUUGUCUUACAGAGGUUAUUUUUCAUUUCUUCGAAUCAACUGACAUUCAACCAGUUUAGAUGACUACAUACCCGUUGAAUAUGAUGUUGCAACACUUGGUAACUUACGUACGUUCAUUUUGCUCGGUUCGAUAUAUAGUUAAAUUCUUACCAAACGGUUCAUUGGCUCCGAGAUUAAAUAUUGAUAGUAAUGUAUUAUUAAGUAAAAUCUCAGAAUAUGAUGAUUGUGAUUGUUCGGCAUCAGAUUCCAAUGUGUUAUAUAUUUCAAGUUAUACAGAUCCUAUCAACAGUAAUGAUGAUGAUUGUGAAAUAAAAUCUAUAAAAAACAAUACUGGUGAUAAUGAUAAUCACAAAUUAAUUAUGAAAUCAAAGAAAACACAGUACAGUAAUUAUAGGUAUGGUGGAAAAAAUAAAAGAGGAAAGCGCCUUAAAGAGUCUACUAAGAAUAAUGGCAAAUUGUAUCAUAAUAAUAAUACAUCAGAUACUACAGACAGCUCUGAUGAACAUUUUCAUUCAUCAUCUAGAUCAAAUCGUAUUUCACAAUUUUCAGCUCAAGAAUCAGGCAAAUCAAGCACAUGUGACUUAGAACGAGAUCGAUUUCCUCAUCGUCCAGAUGCAGAUGGUGAGAGUGAUACUGCCAUCGCUGCCACAGGAUCACCUAGUUUAAUGCAACAUGAUGAAACAAAGUUUAACAACAAUUUGUCAGAAUCUCCUAUUCCUUCAGCUAGUUUAACUUCAACAUCAUUAAUACUACCGCCACCGCCACCACCACCGCCCAUGAUUUCUUCACCUGCACUACAAGGAGGAGCAAAUGGUAGUAGCAAUUGGAGAGAACAAUUGCAAGCAAGGUUAAGAAGUAAAAAGAAUAAUUCCACAGAUAAAACAUCUACACCAAUAAAAAGUUAUUUGUGGAUAUCACAAAGUCCUGCUGAUAUGUCAGAAGUAUUGAAAGAAUUACAAAGUGGAUCCAUUAAACUACGUUCAAUACCAAGAUCACCCGGUGGCACACCGAUAAAACAGAAACAUUCUCCUACAAUCAGUGGCUCUGAUCCAUGUGCAAUUAUCACUCGGGCAUUACACUCUAAAUUUUCACAUCUUCGUUCUAUGAUGGACAGUUCUACUAGUGAUGAAGAAGAAAACCAGUCAGAUAAUCAUCUUGACUCUGGUCCGCGCUGGGUUAGGAAUCGCGGUGUCUUGGAGUAUAUGGGAUUUUGUCCACAAUUUAAAUAUAGAUAUGGUCAUACUUUUGGUAAAGAAACAUCAGAAAUAGCUAAAGGAUCACAUCAUUUUUACCCUGUUACUAGGGAGAAUAAUAAAUUUGAUCCAUUAAGAUCUAAGUUUAAUUAUGAUGUUCCUGGAAGAAUGUUACCAAAAUCAACAGGAGAUAAUAAAUAUACAGAAGGAAUGAUACCAGGAUAUUCUGGUAAUAUACCACAAAUGAAUUUUAAAUUUGGUCGAACAUAUCGUAAUCUAUCUGAUGAAUGCGUUGAUCAAUUAGUUAAAGAAUAUAAAUCUUCUGAGUUAAGACAAAACAGAUUAAAAGAAUCAUCCAACUUGAUGACUAAUCUUCAUCCUGUAACAUAUGAUCCUUUAGUUAAGAAUCAUUUAAAUACAUGGACUGACGAUAUGGUUAAGAAGAAUUCUGAUGUUCAUUCGUAUAUGAGUUCAAAUGAACCGCCUAUUCCUGAAAGUGGUUUAGCUAAACGUUUUCAUGAAGCUGCUCAAAGUAGUUUAGAAACAUUUAGAGCUGAAUGUAAAAAUCAUUUUGAUCAUAUGGAUAUGCCGAUGACUAGAUUAGAUACUUCAUCACGUCCACAUAGUUCAAUACCAUAUACACCAAAUAGUAAUUAUUAUAGUGCAAGAAUAUUUCAUCAAGAAGGUAUGAUACCAGAUUAUGAAGUUCAUAUACAUGGUUAUCAAUAUCAUGUUGGAAAGAAUUUUGGUAAUACAACACGUGAUUUAGAAGUAUGUGCUCAUCCAUACUCUUGUUAUGGAGAAUAUUUAAAAAUAAAAGAUUUAACUAAAAAAUAUCUUUCAUAG